CAAUCAAGGAAGUGAAGACUUGAAGAGAACCUUUCCCUUUCAUCGCGAAAUGGCUAGCGAGGCCCUGAGAAUAUCUUCACCAAUUGCAGCGUCUCUCUUCCUUUUUCCCUCCUCGCUCAGUCGCUUGCGUUCUUCCAAACACUGCCCAGAUAGUGUUUCGCGAAUCAGUUUCUCUCGAAGAACGACGACAUUGAAAUUUCCCGCUGGAAUUUCCUCAAUUCGCUGCUCAGGAAGUCCUAACCAAACCUUAAGGACUUGCAAGAACUGCAAAACUCAGUUCGACCCCUUACUCAAUCACCCCCAGGCUUGCCGAUUUCACACCGCUCAUUUCGGUGCUUGUGCUCGCAAUGGGGAUCACAUGGAGGUGUUUGAUCUGUUCAAAGGCAUGCAAAUGUCUAAAACCCUGCCUGACAAGUACACAGUUAUGAGCCUCUUAAGCAUUUGCUCUAAACUUAAUAGUCUGGCUUUAGCAAGUUCUGUUCAUGGAUUUAUCAUAAAGAAUGAAGUCAGGUGUUGUGAUGUAUUUGUAUGCAAUGUACUGAUAGACAUGUAUUCCAAAUGUGGUAGCUUUGGGAGUGCUGUGAAAGUCUUCAAUCAAAUGAGAGAGAGAAAUUUGAUCUCGUGGACUGCUCUAAUUUCAGCCCUAGGGAUUCAUGGUUAUGCUCAUGAGGCUCUCAAAAGUUUCAGAGAAAUGGAACUCCUGGGAUUCAAGCCUGAUAAGGUUGCUUUUAUUGCUGUGCUUUCAGCUUGCAGACAUGGGGGUUUGGUGGAAGAAGGCAUGAAGUUAUUUCGAUGCAUGAAACAGAUGUACGGAGUUGAACCCGAGAUGGAUCACUAUGAAUGUGUUGUGGACUUGCUGAGUAGAUUUGGGUAUCUGCAGGAGGCAGGACAACUUAUCAGCAGGAUGCCUUUCCAGCCAAAUGCUAUCAUCUGGCGUUCUUUCCUUGCUGGUUGCAAUAGAUUUAACCACACAGACGAACAAGUAGUGGGACAGGAAAACAAGUUGGGACCAAGCUAAUGAGUUCAACUUUGUCAACAGAGGUGUAUGUAGAUGGUCUCUAAAGUUAAUCGGAUUUGUUUUUGCAAAGGAGCAGUUGACAAACUGGGCUCAUUUUAUUGGUGAUUAUUGUGACGAGAAAGAAUUUUGCAUCAAACUAAUUAGCUCAAUUUUACUUAAUCACUGGGGUGAUAAUAUUAUUGAAAGCUAAUGGACUUUGUUAUCCUGGGAAAGUUAUCAUGUAUGCAUAAAAAGUGGGGUUGUUCCUAGCAGGAAAUGUCAGAGGAACUUGAAGCAACCCCUAAGAUCAAUUUUUUUUUUUGGGCUAGAACAAAUCACAUGGCAUAUAUAUCAUAGCACACUUACUGUCCAUCUGCUUCAUCUUGUCUCCUCCCAACAAAAAAAUGGUUCCCUGAGCCUCUCUGAAAUACAUGCCUGCUUGGUUGAUGAUCUUCAAACAUUGAACUGUUGGGUUACCUAAAUUCCAGAAAAUGGUACUACAAAAAUCCUUGGUGGGAUUAUGCCACCACAUGGAAUCAAGCUGGUGA